AUGGAGAGCAGCGCAGCAACAUAUCGAGCCAUAUCGAGGCCCGCAGUAGCGUUAGUAAGCGACGCGACGUACCUGCUGAACUUCGUUCACCAUCACAUCACUGCACGCAUUCGGUUUUAUCCGCACGGGCACAUGUCGGCCAUCACAGAGCUAGAGGCAGCGCUCAGAGGCACUGCUGAUGCUGACACCGACGGCGAAGACAUCGAGGCCUUCCUACCAGGCCGGCGGACCGUGACGUUCGACCGCUCUCCCAAGCGCCAACGCGUGGGCGUGCCGCCGGCGACGCCGCCGCACGCGCCGCGGCCACGCCCGCCAGCCCCCGCGACGCCUGAGAUGAGGCAUGCGCCGGCCGUGACGCAGAGCCCGCCCGGCCCGCCGACCGCGGGCGGCUCCUCCAGCGAUGACGAGUCGGUGCCACCGCGCCGGAAAUGGGCCCCGCCGACGGCCGGAUUCAGUACUUCGGACGAUGAAGAGGAGGAGGCGCCCGCGAGGCCGGCCGACGACGACACGGACGACGGCGACGACGCGCCUGCUGCCGCGUUGCCCGUGCCUGCGCCACCACCGCCACCGCCGCCACCGCCGCCGCCCCCUGCCCAAACGCCAGCCCAACGAGCCUUCGCGUGCCUCGAGAGCGACGCGAAAGCCAUGGGCACCACGCCCCACGGCUUCCGGCGCAUGCCGACGCUGCUGCUCGCCGCCUACCGGGGGGACACGGCGGCAGUGGCGGCGCUACCACUGCUAUUCCAGCGGCGCGAGAUCGUGAUUGGCCUCGGGAUGCGGGAAGAAAGGGUUGGAGGGGAGGUGACUCGAACGCGACUCGGCAGCCGCGUCGUCAGGGCACCGGUAAGCGAUUUCGCGAUGCAGAAGACGCCCAUCGACGAUCAGAAUGCGCUGCACCUGGCGGCCGGUCCGGGCGAAGAGCGCCUCGCGUUCGUCGUCGCCUUCCUCGACCUCGUUGGCUUCGAGACCGGCAUGCACCUCGCGAUGGAGCGGCAGCGGGACGGCGUCUCGCCCGCGUGGCGCGCGCGGCAGAAUAAACACCGGCACGUCGUGGAGCUGUACGAGCCGCUGCAGAGAGGCGACCGCGCGAGCUUCAUGGCGCAACUCGACGCGGCGCGCCGCCUGGUGCCGUUCGAGCCGCCACAGUCUCCGCCGGAGGCGCCACCGCGCGCGCCCGUCGUGGCACGGUGGGUACAAGAGACGCGACGGCCGCCGCCGCGACGGCGGAGAGCGCCGUCGCCGGACUCCUCGGACGGCGACGACGGCGACUCGUCGAUCGAGUGGGGGCCGGUGAUCCCGGCGCCGGCGCGGCGCGCACCUCCUCGGCCUAUUCCAGAGGGCAAGGAGAUCAUUGAGAUCGAAUAA